GUCGGCCACUUGGAGCCCAGAGCGGCUUUUGCAGCCGCUGCUGACAAUCGCGGCACUGACAUUGCUGGCAGCAGCCUACGCGGCCAAAACACAGUCGGUGCUGCUGGCUCUGGCUGCUUUCGCGCUGUUCGAGUUGUGCGUGGGGAUCUAUUUCCCGUGCAUCAGCACUGUGAAGAGCCAUGUGGUGCCCGACAGUGUGAGGACACUCGUCUACAGCCUCUACCGCGUGCCUCAGAAUGCCUUUGCACUCGCCGUGCUCCUUCGCGUACCUUCGCAAAGCACCGCCCUGGUGGUUUGCGCGGUCGCACUUCUGCUGGUCGAAGCAUGGGCUGCAUGCAGGCGAGCUCCACGCACUGCUGGAUGUUAG